CUGAGAAUUUGGCAAGGGCACCAAAUAGCUGGUUUAACAGAGAACUUUGAUGAAUAUAAUCAAGCAAUACUAACCUUAGUAAAGAGAGCAAAGAAGCAAUUAGUAAUUAAACCAACACAAGGUAGUUGGAAAACCGAAGAUAUAAGUAGAACAAUAUAUAGUAUGAUAGAAGGAAAAGCUUUCAUGCAGUGUGCAAAGAUAUUAAAAUCCCCAGAUCUAAUAUUUAUCGAACAGCUCUUGGAUAUGCAAGGGAAGCAAAUAAUCACGUGGUAUUAUUUUAAAUGGGUCAAAGAAAGAUCUAGUAAAAGAAAAGUUCCAAUUUGGUUUAAGUCAAUCGAGAAUCAGAUAAUCACUAACUUUGAUACAAGAGAGAUAAAGCAAGAUCUGCAAACAAGUAGCACAAACAAAUUAGCAUUAAUACCCCAAAGAGUGAAGGUCUCAGAAGACAAACAUAAACUUGAUUGGAUACUAGUCAACAACAAAGAGAAUUCAAAGAGACUUAGAAAGCAAAAUAGUAGUUGGGUUCUUGAUAUGACACAAAGCUCACUUGAAGGAAUUAGAAAAAAUAAUAUUGAUCUAGAUAUAACUAGUAGGAGAGAAAUAGGUAGAGGCUCAUAUAGUUUAGAUCAUGCAAGCCUGGCAGAUAUAGUUUAUAUAAAUAGAUAG